GCGCAGGCGUUGGGGAGGUUGCACCUUGGGAUAGUGGAUGAGAGCGGUAUUGGUCAUCCACUGGCGAGGUUACGUUGGUGAUCGGAAGAUCAGGAUGGGAGUGAUUGUGCUGCUGAGGCGGUGGUGGUGGAAGUUUAACGUGUGAGCGGAGCUAGCGCCAAUUCUAGCUCAGCUGCUGGCCUGGCGGCUCCUGAUGACAGGCCGAACUUGUGUGAUCUCUGCCGGAGCAAUAGAGCGUUUCCAGAAUGUUGGAAUCCUAUGUGACUCCGAUCUUGAUGAGCUAUGUAAAUCGUUACAUCAAGAAUCUGAAGCCAUCUGAUCUUCAGCUGUCAUUAUGGGGAGGUGAUGCAGUGCUCAGCAAACUGGAACUAAAGCUUGAUGUGCUGGAGCAGGAGCUGAAGUUACCAUUCACUUUCUUGAGUGGACACAUUCAUGAGUUAAGGAUUCAUGUGCCAUGGACAAAGUUAGGCUCUGAACCUGUUGUUAUCACUAUAAACACUAUGGAAUGCAUCUUGAAGCUAAAGGAUGAUGCACAAGAUGAUCAUGAGAGCUGUGGCUCCAGUUCAACCAACCGCAGCACAACAGAGAGCAUAAAAUCAUUAGCUAAAACUCGUCGCAUCCAGCAAGUGACCUCAACUGACCCUGACUUACCCCCAGGUUAUGUACAAAGCUUGAUUAGGCGUGUUGUGAACAAUGUAAACAUUGUAGUGAACAAUCUCAUCUUGAAGUAUGUGGAGGAUGACAUUGUUCUCUCGGUCAACAUUACAACUGCAGAAUGCUACACAGUGGAUGAGUUUUGGGAUCGAGCUUUCAUGGAUAUCUUAGCUCCAGAACUGGUUUUGAGGAAGGUUAUCAACUUUUCUGAUUGCACUGUUUGCCUGGAUAAGAGAAAUGCAAGUGGAAAGAUCGAGUUUUACCAGGACCCGUUGCUCUACAAAUGCUCCUUCUGCACCCGUUUGCACUUUACUUAUGACAACCUCAACUCUAAAAUUCCAUCAAUUAUCAAGAUUCAUGCUCUUGUUGAAAGUUUGAAACUCUCCAUCACAGACCAACAGCUUCCUAUGCUUAUCCGUAUAAUUCAGCUUGGAAUUGCACUUUACUAUGGUGAAAUUUGUUCUUACAAAGAUGUAGAAGUGGAAGAAACAAAUUCUGCAGCAAAGGAGACAUCAUCCAUUAUUCAAAUCGGUGCUGAAUCUGAAACAGGGAUGCAAGGACAACAUGCAACACAGUACCAGAAUGUGGAUGCCCAACAGCAGCUGCAACAACAGGAUGGUGAUGAUGGCCAAGGAUGGGUAUCUUGGGCAUGGUCUCUAGUUCCUGCGCUCGUUAGUUAUUCCGAAGACGGUGAUGAGAGCUAUGAGGUUGACGAAAAUGGCAUCAAAAUAAACUAUCCAAGAUCGUCAGCUCCCAAGGAUCCAGUAGUUUCUGUUGGAUUUUACUGCACCAAAGCUACUGUCACUUUUAAGUUGACAGAAAUGCAAACGGAGAGCAGCUAUUAUAGCCCUCAGAAAGUGAAAUCCAAAGAAGUGCUUUGCUGGGAGCAAGAAGGGACUACUGUUGAGGUGCUGAUGAUGGGAGAGCUUUUCUUUGAUUGCCAAAUGGGUUUUGUGGGCUGCAAGGCUUUAUGCCUUAAGGGAAUAAUGGGUGUGAAAGACUUUGAAGAAACUACAAACAGAAGUGAAACUGAAGCCUGUUUCUUCAGUUGCGGUGAAAGCCUGAACAGCAAAGGAUUAACAUACCUCACCAAUUCCCUGUUCGAUUACCGAAGUCCAGAAAAUAAUGGAGUGAGGGCUGAGUUUAUUUUGGAUGCUGCCCAACACAAGGAGACAUACACAGAGAUAGCUGGUGUGCAGCGCUUUGGGGCCUUCUACAUGGAUUACCUGUAUACAAUGGAGUGCAGUAGUGGCAAAGGUUCCAUUCAACAACACGAUGUUUCCACUAACAAAAACGAGGAUCUGGGCAGUGUCCAAGAGAUGUCCACCAAACGUUUAGUUGUGGGUCCAAUGGAAGUUCGUAUGGAUAGUAGCUCUGUUCACAGAGUACUAAAGAUGGUGGCAUGUGGAAUGGAUCAUGAGUAUGAACCAUACAGCAAGCCUAAUUCAGAAAUUGUGGAUGAGAACAGAACAUUGCCAAGCCAAGAGGAGGUGGCUGCUUUAGAAGAGUAUAUUCCAACAAGAUUAACAUGUAUAACAGUUUUAAAAACUACAAUUACAGUUACCCUGGCUGAGUUCAACCUGCUGGACAAUUUACUUCCUAUAAUUUUAGGUCAAAAGAACUCCAUGUCUUUCUUAAAUGCACCACAUUUUCAUCCAUUGCGGCCCCUACCUGCCUUGAGAGUACAAGUGGACAAGGUUAGUUUGGAACAUUCAGUGCCAAUGUACGCUGGACAACUUGUACCUGCUGUCAGCAGCCUUAACCAGCCAUCUGAUAACCUGCUGCACAACUGCUAUGCACACUGUUAUGUUAAGAUAUUUGGUUUCCAGGCAGGCCUGACCUCCUUAGAUAGUGGAGGAUCAUUCUGUCCUCCUGCCCCGGUCAUCCCUCCUUUCAGCACAGCUUUUUAUGGCAAAUUACUUCGACUUCCAUCAUACUGGAUGAAACGCCCAUUUGUCCCAACAACAGAAUGCAUAUUUGAAUUACCCAGUCUGACUUUACAAGCUACAAGGGCCCAGACCCUGCUGCUGCAAACCAUUUUACAGAGUUGGACGCACAAUAUAGGAGCAUCAGUAUCAUUACCAGUAGAUGAAGCUUUACUAAAGGACAUCUUCAGACCUUCAGGUGUGAAAUCCCAGAAUCCAUUGCCAACUCUGGAGGGUUCUAUCCAAAAUGUUGAGUUGAAGUACUGUAGCACAUCAUUGGUAAAAUGUGUUUCGGGGACCAUGGGAUCAAUAAAAGCUUGUGCCAAAGCCCCAGGAAGAAGUGAUUGCGUGAAGGAAAAAUUGAUUCCGUUAAUACAAGGGCCUUCGGACACACGAGAGUUACACAAGAGCAAAUGGCUGAAUGAAAGCAGGAAACCCGAGUCACUGUUCGCCCCUGAUCUGAUAACUUUCAGCAUCCAGAUUCCUCAGCAAAUGGACAGCUAUCAUAACUCUGGAGCUGUUCUUUUGGCCAGCUUGCAGGGAAUUGCAGUCAACGUGGACCCAAUCUUCUACACAUGGCUUCUUCAGCAGCCUCAGAAAGGGAACAUGAAACAAAGACAACAGCAACCUGCAGGAGCUAUUCAAUUAGUCAUACCAACAACAAGGAAGAAGGAGGAUGAGAUAUCUGUUGGCAGUACGCCUUUGGCAAUGCAACAGUCAAAUCAAGCUUCUGAAUAUGCCAGCAGCCCUGUCAAAACAAAAACUGCAACAGAAUCUCGUCCACUCUCUGUCCCAAUAAAAGUAAUGCAAAGCGCUGAAGAAUGGAGCAGUCCAGAAGAAAGAAUGAAGGAAUUCAUUGGAUUAGUAUGGGAUGCAGUCAAACGCCUAACACUUCAGCUGGAGGUUCAGUCAUGUUGUGUAUUCUUUCCAAAUGAGAGCCUGCCUUCACCAAGCACAAUCGUGGCGGGUGACAUCCCUGGGACGGUGAGGAAUUGGUACCAUACUGAAGCAAGUAUGCCUGGGACUUUGGUCAUCUGCUUACCUCAGAUAAAAGUGAUCAGUGCAGGCCACAAAUACAUGGAACCACUGCAGGAGAUUCCUUUUGUCAUUUCAAGGCCUAUUCUGGAAGAAGGUGAUGCUUUCCCUUGGACUAUCAGUCUCAGCCAGUUCAGUGUGUAUACUUUACUCGGGCAGCUGAAGGCCUGUAACCUCGUGGAACCCUUGGGCUGUACUUCGACUCUGGCCAUCACUUCACACAAGCUGCAAACCUCCGGCCCCGAAACCAGACACUCAUUUGUCGUCUGUCUCCACGUGGACCUGGAGUCUCUGGAGAUGAAAUGCUCAAACCCUCAGGUACAAUUGCUAUAUGAGCUGGCACACAGCAUGAACAAUGCCUGGGACAAAAUCCAGAAGAAAGGCAUACUGCGGCAGUCUUCUACCUAUCCCGAAUCUAUUUUGGGACCAAUGCCAGGGUCACCAGUAAGAAGCAGUGUUAGUACAGCACCACCAGAUGCCAGCACUUGUAGUCCAUCUGCAGAUAUUGGGACCACCACAGAGGGCGAUUCAGUCCAAUUGGUGGAUGAAAGUCCUUUUUCUGACUCUUCCACCCUGGAACAGAAAACUAGCAAUAUUGGUGGAACCACUGGAUGUAUCAGUUUAUGGAUGCAGUGGAUGUUGCCUAAAGUGACUGUUAAAUUGUUUGCUCAGGACCCUGGCAGUAAAGGCACAGAUAUCUGUGUUGUUGGUGAACUCGAAGACCUGAGUGCUUCAGUAGAUAUCCAAGAUGUUUAUACCAAGGUGAAGUGCAAAGUAGGCAGCUUCAAUAUUGAUCACUACAAGAACAGGCCAGGUCAAGGCUGGCACACAGGACAGUUUGAUGGACUCCUUCUACAAUGCAAAGAAAAACCUGGGAUGGCAGCCAAACUUUUAGAAGGCUCCCACCAGCAGCAUGGAUUCCUUUCUGUUACUUACACCAAAGCCGUAACACGGAAUGUCAGGCACAAAUUAACGUCGAGGCCGGAGCGUGUUUCACGUAGCCUCCACAGGGUGACGGAGGGCAUCAUAGACAGUUCUCCCCAGUACCUUCACGAGAUCCUCCUCAGUGCCCAGCCAUUCGAUGUCGUGCUCUCUUUCCCACUGAUUCACAACGUGGCAAAGAUAUUCCAAGCAAAGUUGCCAAAGAAACCAAAGGCAAAGAGGAAAUCAACGGGCCAACCAAUGAGGGCCUAUGGCCUGACAUCUCGAGAGUUGCCACUUAUUUAUAUCAACACAAGUGUUGUCCGAGUAUUUUUCCCCAAAGGAGAAGAUGAGCAGCAGGAAGGAGGGGCUCCACAGAUGAAAGAAGAUACUUUGGUUCUUAAAAUUGGCUCAGUGUGCAUGGCUCCACAGGCUGAUAACCCCCUUGGAAGGACUGUUCUGAGGAAGGACAUUUACCAGAGAGCUCUGAAUUUGGGAAUACUACGAGACCCAGGAUCAGAAGUUGAAGAUAGACAAUACCAAAUAGACCUACAAUCCAUAACUAUUGGAACCGCACUGUGGGAUCAGCUGAAACCCGAGAAGGAAGUUGGUAAAGGAGGGCUAUGCACAGAAAGUGAAAGGAAUUACCAGAAUCCAGCACUCGAAUGGAACAUGGCCAGCAGUAUUAGACGUCACCAAGAACGAAGGGCAAUUUUGACUCCAGUUUUGACAGAUUUCAGUGUACGAGUAACAGCUGCCCCUGCUAUCCUUUUCACAAAACAGGUCUCACCAGAGAAUGCACAGACUGAGGAAAUUGUAGUGUGUGGCCAUUCAUUGGAAGUCAAUGUUACCACAAGCCUGGACUUAUUUCUCAGUGUAGCUCAAGUUCAGCUCUUACAGGAGUUGGUACAAGCCAAUAUGCUUGGAUUGGAGCCUGUGGAUCCAACAACAGAGACUUGUCAGAAAGAGCAGAAUAAGACCACCUCUCCAGAAGGAACUCCGAUGGACACUUCUUCACGACACAGUGGAGCCCAGGAUAGUGGUAUUGGGAGUGACAGUGCGCGAAUUCGGAUUGUUCAGAUUGAACAACAGAGUGGAACCAGUCAUCAUCGCCUCGCAAGACCCUCCCGCCAGUCUUCCAUUGUGAAGAAUUUGAAUUUUAUCCCUUUCGAUAUAUUUAUUACAGCCAGCCGUAUCUCACUAAUGACCUACUCAACUAUGGUUAGUUCCAAAUCAAAAACACAACAAGAAAGCCAACGACCGAAAGCGAGUGACAAAUUUAGCAAAAGUACAUUAAACCUGAAAAGAACGGAGAUUGAUAGUGUGCCAGAAAACAAGUCGGGCCAGUCAGGGCUUGCCGUGCUGACAGCUGAGGAUGUUCUGAAUAGUAAUGCUCCAUUGUCCACAGGGAAGGUUACCAGUCACUUGUCACUGGAGAGCCUUCACACACCAAGCAGGUCAUCAGCUCGACAAGCUCUUGGUAUCACUAUAGUCCGACAGCCAGGCCGCAGAGGAACAAAUGAUCUUCAGCUAGAGCCCUUCCUGUACUUGGUGAUAUCCCAACCAUCUUUACUAUUGAGCUGCCAUCACCGGAAGCAGAUGGUGGACCUAUCAUUCUUUGAUGCCACGUUGAAAGCUAUCCCGCCAGACUACAAAUGCUUGGAUUCUGGGAAAACUCUACCAGAAGCUCUAGACUACAGUGUGUUUUGGUUGCAGACUGUUGCAGGAGAUGCUGAUCUCAAAGUUGGCAUUCCCCCUCCACUCAUCUCUUUGCAAAUCAAAGACUUCCUCAAUGGGCCAGCUGAAGUUCAUUUGGAAUUAUCACGUCCCUGGAAAGUCAACUUAAGCCUUGUCAAACUGGAUCAAGCAACAAAUUUUUUAAAGAGGAUCCUGCCCAGAUAUGGUUCUGAGAUCACCUCCAAAGCUGCAGUCUCCCCUGAAACAGUUUAUAGUAAAGAGGAGAUGUUUACAUCAGCAUCUGGUAUGAGAAAUGAACCUGAACCAUUUACUGAGAGGGCAGUGGGUCAAGGAAGCAUUUGGAAAACGGUGUCCUUCUUUCAGAAGUUUUCCAUCCACACAGCUCAGAUUGUUGUUGUAAUGGAGACUGUACCUCAUCCUGACAGGCCUGGCAUUCUGGCCUCUCUUUCAAGCCUAAAAGGCAGCCUUAAUAUAAAAGCUGGACCUAAACCCACAGGCAUGAUCUUAGGUGCCACAUUUGCACUCCAACUGAAGGAUCUGCUUGUAAAGACCUGCCUUAAAGACAGAACCAGAGCGCUAAUUGGCCCAUUCUGCUGCACCCUGCAACUGGAAGCCAAGUGGUGCAGGCACAGUGGCGACCCUGACCCACGUCACUCUGUUCCAAAAGCGCUGGUCGACUUGAAAGCUGGACUGAUCCAGAUAUUCUGGGGUCAAGAGCAUCUGAACUGCCUGAAUCUGCUAUGUGAACUUCUCCAAGGUUAUAUCAGGCAAGAUACCAAGUCUCAAACACCAGACCACACACAGCAACCAUCGUCUGCCAUGGGCAAAUAUCAAGCUUCCAAGACCGAACACAGUUCUGAUGACUUGAGGACAGGGCAGUUUCAGUACAUUCAAGAUGCAGAUGUACAAAAGGUGCCAAGUGUUUUUGAAGUGGUGUUUUAUAAUGAGACUGAUGACCGUCCAGGGAUGAUGAUGUGGAGGUACCCAGAACCCCGUGUCCUCACUCUCGUUAGAAUCAAUCCAGUGCCUUUCAACACUACUGAUGAUCCAGACAUCAGCACAGCCGACCUUGGAGAUGUCCUUCAGGUACCGUGCAGCCUCCAGUAUUGGGAUGAGCUUCAACAAGUAUUUGUGGAUUAUCGUGAAUUUAGCCUGUCUGAGAGCAAAGCAUGUGAGCUGCAGCUUCCCAAUGUUACCUUGGCUAAUGACCAGAAGGAGCUCAUAGCUUCUGACCUGUGGCGAAUUGUUCUUAAUAGUAAUCAAGAAGUUACAGAAGAACAGAGCAGUGAUGGCGAGUCUGGCUCACAAAGUGUCUGUGACCAGCUUGUGUCUCCAAUGGCAUUGGCAGCCUGUACCAGGGUAGAUUCAUGUUUUGCACCAUGGUUUGUGCCUUCUCUUGGCAUCUCAUUAAAGUUUGCCCAAAUUGAGCUUCAUCUUUGCCAUCACCUGGAUCAGCUGGGCACAGCACAUCCCAGCCGCCUCCAAACAUUCAUCCCUGAUAGAAAGUUGCCUGCAGAACAAGAGUACAUGAUUGUUUCUCUGAAAAGCCCAAACGUCUACUUGCGGCAAUGGUCUGAUGGCCCGGUCUGCCGAGAGCUCCAGUUUUCUGCCAUGGCUGACUGCAAACUCCUCGAGUACCGCAACCUAACCAUGUUAAGCAUUUUAAAGCCCUUAAUUUUUCAUGGACAAGUGGCCAUUAGCAACAGUUCCGUGGAGCAGCUGAUGGACGGAAAUGUGUUUGUCGAUCCUGUGUUUAUCAAUGUGGGCCAGCAUGCAAUUCAUUCACUGGACACGGCAGUUCGUGCUUGGAAGCAGAAUGAACAUCCAGAGGCAGAGGAGUUGGUCUUCAGCCACUUUGUGAUAUGUAACGACACUCAGGAGACACUGCGGUUUGGCCAGGUGGAUACUGAUGAAAAUGUUCUAUUGGCCAGUCAGCACAGCCAUCAGUACAGCUGGCGCUCACACAAGUCCCCCCAGCUGCUUCACAUCUGUAUCGAGGGCUGGGGAAACUGGCGCUGGUCCGAGCCAUUCAGUGUGGACAACAUAGGCACAUUUGUUAGAAGUAUCCAGUACAAGGGAAGAACAGCAUCACUGAUCAUCAAAGUGCAGCCACUUAACAGUGUGCAAAAACAAAUAAUUAUUUGUGGAAGACAAGCUAUUUGCAGUUACUUAAACCAGGACACAGAACUGAAGGUGGUGCAGCAUUGCAGUGGACAGGAUGGACAAGUGUCGAUCAAAGAACAUGUUAGCUGCUUGCCAUUGAAUCAGAGGAUACCAUCUUUUGUUCUUGAGAACACAGAGUUCACUGAGUUGUGCAUCAGGGUUCAAGGGAAUGACACAGGCUGGUCACCAGAUGUGUGUCUGGAGUCUCUUCAAUCUGAUGGCAACACAGUCAUUCAGGUGCCCAAUUCAAAUGGCUCCACAUUGCAUGUGUGGUGCACUUGUUUGAGCUUGGAUGCUAAAUCGCCUGUACAACAGAGGGUGCUGUUUCUCAGUCCUCUGUUUGUCAUGAGAAGCCAUCUCCCUGACCCCAUUAUUCUGCAUGUGGAGAGGCGAAGUUUGGGUUUGAAAGACCCUCAAGUCAUCAUUGGAAAAGGACAGGAAGAGCCACUUUUGAAUGUGGAACCAGAAGUCGUGCACCAUUUGACUUUUCAAGCAAGGGAGGAAGAUGAAGCAUCCCAAUGUGCAGUCCCCAUCUCAACAGUCCUUAUUAAGCAAAUCGUCCGUGGACCACAAAGCGAUUGUAAUGUUGGCAAGUUACUGUCAGAGUUCUACAAUAUGGACACUGAUGAACAGCCCCCAUGGCCCUACAUAACAAAGGAAACUGACAGCAGCAAAAACAGCAAUGAGCUGCUUGCUCAGUGGGACAGUCCAAUGCAAGUUAAGCUGUCUGCCUGGAAGCCCUGUCUUAAUACACUUCUUGUUGAACUGCUACCCUGGGCCUUGUUUGUCAACCAAUCCAAAUGGGACCUCUGGCUCUUCGAAGGCGAGAAGAUAGUCGUGCAGGUUCCUGCUGGGAAAAUAAUUGUACCACCAAACUUUCAGGAGCCUUUUCAGAUUGGUAUCUAUUGGGCCAGCACAAACACUGUACACAAAUCGACAGCAUUCCAACUUGUGCAUGAUGUCACAUCCCCCAAGUGGAAGGAUUAUCCCAUCACUGAUGUCAUUACGCUGGAUGAGGAAGGGAUUGCUGAUGCAGAUGUAAAACUUGGAACCUUUCCCGAUCAUCAGAAGUUGUGUCAGUUCUGUAUAUCUUCAGUAGUACGACAUGGGAUUCAGAUUCUGGUGAUUGAGGACAAGACAGUGAUAAUGAACACCACUAGUCAUAAAAUCUACUAUCGACCUAUGCUUAUCUUCCCAGAACGGACAACACGUAAAGAGCGUGUCUACAUGCCAGAGAGCUCUGUAUUUAGCCUCAGCCCAGCAAGAGCCCAGUCUCCUGCCGUGUCAAGUUCCAUUCCUUGCUGGGACCUCGUUGCUGGCGGAAGUCAAGCAGAUUUAAGUAUCCCACUGCCCCAGAAAUACCUGCUGCUUGGGCACUCUCCACACAUUGGCACAAACAGCUGGCAAUACUGGAGUCUGCCAACUAUAGUUAGGCAAGAUUUUCCAAGGCAAAGUGUGGCGCUGCCUCUUGCAGAUUCCAGUGGAAGUGGAUUUUGUUCCAGAGCGGUGGUGGUGACGUAUCAGGAAUGCCUCGGUGUCACCUACAUAACUGUCAGUGAGGAUUCCAGUCCUCGAAUGAUCAUCCACAACAGAUGCCCUGUUGCAAUCAUGAUGAAAGAAAAUAUGAAAGAUGCCCCAAAGUGUGCAGUUCAUUGUCGAAAAAUUCCCGGUGAGUCUUCAGUUCAUCAUGAGCUUUAUCAUCAAGUUUGGAACUUCCCUGACUGCAAAACUGAAGAGCACUUCCCCAGUAUCCACCUCAGUCUGGUAUCUCCAUCUGAUCUCUCUGAGGAAUGGAGCGAUCUCAUUGAUCUUAAUAGUCCUGGGACUCAGGUGGUGUUUCUGCCUGGCUACGGCUGUGUAUAUGUGGAUAUCAGUCAUCACUCCAGCACCAUAACCGUGACCAUGGCUCCAGAGGGUAGAGCUGGCCCUGUUCUGACCAGCCUUCAUGGGACACCGAAACAGGCCAUUGCAAUGAGAGUGCUGAUCACUCAAGCAAGCCUGACGGUAAAUGACGAUGUGACCAAUCACUGCAAAUCUUCAGAAUUGCUGAGGCUGACGCUGGACAAUGUCCUGUUGAACCUCGCGCCAGUGGUGAAUCGCUCCAGGCCCCCAAUGCGGGAAUUCCGAGCUGAGCCCGCUGAUGGAUUUGCGGAACUUUAUAUGCUCGAGAUGUGUGUUGGGGACUUGCAGAUUGACAAUCAGCUUUACCAUAAAGCGAGCUUUCACUUCCCUGCCCUGCUUUGCCAAGAGCUGAAACCUGAAAAACCGCAGUGGAGAAAUGGUUCCAAUUUGACACUUUCAGCUAGAGACCUUGACGACUACAAGAGCAAAUGUUUUCUAACAGCUUGUGUCCUCCUAAGAGAGCAGAAUUUUGCCUUCACCAUGACAGAGCUGGACUUUGCAUUGAAACCUGCAAGACUUUACGUGGAAGACACGUUUGUAUAUUACAUCAAGACUCUGUUUAACACAUACAUCCCGGACACUGGACUGUACCGAACACAAGCGAGAAUAUCUUCCUGCUCAGCAAGUGACCUCCCUGUGCCUGAGCAAGUGGUCAACGCAACUCGAGCGCUAGUGAACCCAAUCAAACUGCAGCGUUUGACCAUUCACGCCAUCAGCUUACUAGUCAGUGUCCAUGCUUCAAUAAAGCUGUACAUUGCAUCAGAUCAUGCUCCUCUUUCCUUCUCUCUCUUUGAACGAGGGCCCAUCUACACCACUCCCAGGCAGCUUAUCCAUGCACUUGCCAUGCAUUACGCCGCAGGAGCAUUAUUUCGAGCAGGUUGGGUUGUUGGCUCCCUGGAAAUUCUUGGAAGUCCCGCUAACUUGGUGCGAAGUAUUGGGAAUGGGAUAGCAGACUUCUUCAGACUCCCAUAUGAGGGACUGACCCGUGGUCCAGGUGCCUUUGUCAGUGGAGUGUCCAGGGGAACAACUUCAUUUGUAAAACACAUUUCCAAAGGUACACUGACAUCGAUCACUAACCUGGCUACCAGCUUAGCUCGGAACAUGGACCGGCUAUCCCUGGAUGAAGAGCACUAUAACAGACAGGAGGAAUGGCGAAGGCAACUUCCAGACAACCUGGGGGAAGGCCUGCGGCAGGGAUUGUCCCGGCUGGGAAUCAGUCUACUGGGUGCCAUUGCUGGUAUCGUGGAUCAGCCGAUGCAGAAUUUCCAGAAGACGGCGGAGGUUUCGGCUGGACGCAAAGCCAAAGAUGUCAUCUCUGGUGUGGGCAAAGGCAUUGUGGGGGUUUUUACCAAACCAAUUGGAGGGGCCGCCGAGCUUGUCUCUCAAACUGGUUAUGGUAUUUUACAUGGUGCUGGACUUUCUCAACUUCCAAAGCAGAGGUUUCACCCCACUGAGCAACAGACUGACCAGGCCCCAAACAGCCACGUUAAAUAUGUCUGGAAAAUGCUCCAGUCUUUGGGCAGGCCUGAAGUCUUUAUGGCCUUGGAUGUGGUUAUCGUGAGCAACGCUGGCCAGGAGUACGAUGGUUGUUUGCUGCUCACCUCUGAGGUAUUGUUUGUGGUCAGUGUCAGUGAGGACACGCAGCAGCAGGCAUUCCCAGUCACGGAGAUUGAGUGCAGCCUGGAUCCAAAGAAAGAUAACUUGCUGCAGGUCGUGCUCAAGCAACAGAGGGUAUCGUAUGACACAGAGGGAGAUGGCAUCCGAGAAAGACUUUCUGAACAGCAGUAUGAUCGACUGGUGGAUUAUGUCACAAGAACGUCGCAUUACAUUGUUCCCAGUACCACAGCCAUGCAGCUGGCUUCUCAAGUAGUUGUUGCUAAUCCUCCUGCCACCAGAACCAAGACUUACCAAUACUUGGUUGAUCACCACUUUGGGCUUGUGUUUGUGAGCAAGUUUUCUAUGGUGAAAAACAAGGCACUGAGAAAGGGAUUUUACUAGUCACAAAUGUGCAACAAUGUCAAAGAUUAUUUUUCAUGAUGAAGAUGCUGACAUUUUGCUGAUUAAACAGCUUGACAUUCAGCUCUUGAUUAGCAUCAGUUAAGUACAGCAUAAUCUUUUCAUAAGAACUAUGUAAAUACCUGUUUAAUGAAAGGGAUGUGGCCACUAAUGCUGCUGAAGCAACUUUGUUAAGUGCUGUCAAUAAGGAGAUUUUAUUAUUCUGUAAUGAUUACGUCAACAAAACAAUUGUUAAUAUAACUGAAAAUAUUGGAAGUAAAUAAAUUUUAAAGUCA